GCGCAUGCGCCACCUCGAAAGGAGAGCUGUCGAGGUCGAAUUGUAGGAUUUCUUCAGUCUUGGGCAAAAUAAAAAAAAAUGCCUUCAGAUUUUGAUAAAGGAGCAUACCCGGAGCCCCCUCGGCAGACUCCGGCUGUGGAUAAACAGACAGCGCUGCCAAACCCGGCCCUUAUUCUGUCUAAACUCUUCUAUUAUUCCGUGGACCUGCCUGUCACCACAUUUAGAGAUGUUGUGGACAGCAUUCGGGCUAAAAACAAGGCCGUGUACUACCACCAGAAGUUCCGCCGUGUCCCGGACCUGACUGAGUGCCAGCAGGGAGAUUACGUCUGCUACUAUGAGGCAGAGAUGCAGUGGAGAAGAGACUAUAAAGUGGACCAGGAGAUCGUGAAGGUGAUCCAGGAGCGCAUGAGGGCCUGUCAGCAGAGAGAAGGAGCCAGCUACCACCAGAACUGUGCCAAAGAAAUACAGCAGUUCAACGAGGUGACCAAGAACUUCCAGUCACGCUACGGCGACCUGGGAGUUUACGCCAACGGGAGGAAAUGUCUAAUGAAGCAAAAAGAACGAAUGAUGGCAGCUCAGGCGGAGAGUGCUUAAGAACAGUUCUACUAUCUGUCCUGUGUAAUAUUGUAAAAUAAAAUUUAUGUCACAAAUCAUG